AUGUUGUUGUACACCGACGUUAUCACCUCCGACGAACUUUUCUCUGAUGCCUUCCCUUUACAGGAAGUCGAUGGCAUCGUCUAUGAGGUAGACUGCGCGAUGGUCACUCUUGGGAGCACUAAUGUUGAUAUUGGUGCCAACCCCUCUGCUGAGGAAGCCGAAGAAGCGCUUGAGGAGGGAGCUGUUCAAGUCAACAACGUUGUCCACUCCUUCAGACUCCAGCCGACAAGCUUCGACAAGAAAUCCUAUCUUGUCUAUCUUAAGGGAUACAUGAAGGCAAUCAAAGAACAUCUGGCUGAACAUGAACCAGCUCAAGUCGAGGAGUUCGAGAAAGGCGCUCAAGCUUAUGCUAAGAAGAUCAUAGCUAACUUCAAAAAUUACGAAUUUUAUACCAGUGAAACUAUGAAUCCCGAUGGCAUGGUGGCCUUGCUGAACUACCGCGAGGAUGGUGUCACGCCAUAUUUCACUUUCUGGAAGCACGGCACCAAGACAAUCAAAUUGUAA